GUAUGAUAUUUUAAAUAUCUAACCAUGUAACCAUGUAGGGUGAUUGUGCGAGUGAUAUGUAGAUAUGUUGGUGGUUGCCAGUUGGUACCUACUUAUACCAAUUUAGAGUUACCAAUAAUUUACAUUACAAUUUAUUAUAUAAAAAUAGUAUUACUUCAAAUACUUCGUAAUCGCUAAAAUUUUUAUUUCGAUGGUUUUAAGUCAGUGGCAUCCGAAAGAAUGUAUAGUGAGACUAAACUUGCAGCCCAGCUGUCUCUAUUCUUUUCUUAGAGACGCUCGAUAAACCGGGAUAAUGGAUUCUUUAACAAGUAGUCCGAGUUCCAAUAAACGUCAUCAUCCCUACAGUCGAAGAUUGGAACUACAGGCAACGCCCGUAUUGGCAUUGUCUACUUCCAACAUUGCUCAAAAUAAUAGCAACAAGCCCAUUGAUGAAUCUAAAGCUGUAAUCGAUGAGGGAAUGAAGCUUUUGGUUGGCAGUGUUAAACAAGUAGCACGAUGGUGCCGAUUGUUAUCAUUUUUGGAACAGACCAAAAUUAUUUACCAAGUAUUCGUUUUAGGAAUUAUGGAUUCUGUGAUAACUGGCAGUAAUAGAUGUGAAAAAAUCUUUUGUUUACGCAGUGAACAUAAAAAAUCUGGAAUAGUAUGUGUAUUUUAUGAAAUAGACAGAAAAAUGCCUAAUAUAUCUAAGGGAACAUUAGUUUUAUGUACUGGUCACGUAAAAGGAAAAAAUAAAUUGCAAAUUUUCACUAUUCGAGAAUUACAUGAAGACAAAAACACAUUUGACAGAAUAUCUUUAGUUAGUCAUUGGACAAUUAAUGAUAUUUUAAUAUAUAAGGUGUAGUAUUUUAAGCAACUUCAAUUGUUAAUUAUAUUUUUAUUUUUUGAUCCUAUAGAAAAAGAAUUUGAUUAAUUUUAGUUAAUAAGUAUAUAUAAAGGAAAUGAUAAAAUUAAGUAUUUAAAAAAUAAAUUCAUAUUUA